AUCCGAGAUAAUAAUUAAGAAAAGUUAACAAAAUUGGGUAAAAGAAUGCAGUUCAGAUAUUUAUUUAACAAUGUGAUAUUAACCUGCUGCAAUGUAUGAAAAACUAUAAAAUGUGUAAAAAAAUGUUAUAAAGCUUUAAGAACAUCUUGAUCUAGGACAAACAGAAUAUACUUCUAGCCCGUUUGUUUUGUGUGUUAAAUGUUACGACAACGGUUGUGGCUUGCCCGAGGCUAUUAUGAUAAAAAGACGUUUUCAACUAGGUCUUACAGUGUCAUUGACGUAACAUGAAUAUGAUAAAUAAAUUAAUUGUUUUUACCAUCUCUUUAUAAUGAGUUUUUUGCCUAUUAACUUGGUGUGUAAAAUUAUAGAGUUUGUAACUUUCCAUAUACGUAACAUUUUGGAGUUAAAUUCCUCGUAUAAGGAAGGGUGUCUAUAAGGAAAUAUGUGGAUAUUCAUGUAAAAGGAAGCUUCAGAGAACUAAGAAGAUGUGGAAGAAUUAUAACAGUUUCCUAUAGGAAUAUUUCAACAUGAGAGCCAUAUAUACAGUAACAAUAUGGCUAGUAUGUACUGUAUCAUGCUCUGCUGUGUUUGGUUUCUUCACAGAUCAAGAAUAUUUACACAAAGGCACUCUUGUCCCAUCAGAUCCCGAUGUUUGCACCUCACAGAAUAUCACAUUUACAUGUACGCUUCUUAGUACUCCAGUUCCUAGCAACUCCAUUGGCUUCGCUGUGAAAAAUGAAAGUACGAAUAGGGAGUAUCUACCUGUGGACGAGGGAAGAAUAACUGUGAUAAAUGAGACCUCAUCGGAAUUUACGAUUUAUGCCAUCAAUACCACAAAAUACAUUUUUGUUGAAUGUUUCUACUGGGAAACUUUUGGUGUUGUUAAUGAUACAUCCCUGCAGCUUGGUAAAACAUCAGCAGCAUCUGUUUACCCUAUGCCUGAAAAGGUGGAACAUGUGGAUUGCAUUGUGGAAAACUACAUCAAGUCAAUGAGGUGUUCUUGGAGUUACGGGGACAACUAUAAAGGACGCCAGUUACCACAUGUAGAAUUUCAUUGGAGAAUUCCAGAAUACUCUAGUUCAUGGAACGUAUGUAGUGAUCUGAACGUUGAAGCAGGCUACUGUAACUGGAACAGCUCACGUAGUGGAGAUUUUACAAUGAAAUUAAUUGAUAUAAAGCUUACGCUUAAAGAGCCGUGUGGAGUGAGUGUGUCCUCAAACUUCACCAAAGACACAAGAAAGAUAGUGAAGCCCAAACCAGUUAUUGGAUUAACAUCUUCAGUUUUAAACAGCACAUGUGUCCAAGUGCAAUGGAGAACAAACAAUUCAGAGAUGCAGUACCCUAAAGAACACAAACUGACAGUUUCCAGUAAAUGGGGUGACCCUGAGAUAUUCAGACAUCCUGGAAAUGCCUCAAGUAAGGACAACAAGGUGUAUAAGUUCAACACAACAGAAGAUACCGAAAAAGAUACACAUUUUUGGACAUGGUGUAAUCUGCACCCGCAUACAGUUUACACGUUUGCUGUAAGCAUACAGCCUACUGGAAAGCAAGCAGGUUUUUACAGCGACCCUAGAGAGACUGUGGCCACUACAUACUCUGAUAUACCAAGUGCCAGUCCAGGUGUAACAGAAGGGGGUUACAGCUGGAAUCACAGGGACUGUGAAGGAAUAAAUGACAAAAGAAAAGUUUGUGUGUUUUGGAAGCCAAUCCGAGAGGAAGAUAAAAAUGGUCAAAUGAAAGGACUAGAUGGUGUAUUCACAGCCGUCAAUCAGACUAGGACACCAAUCGAUGUGAACUGGGCUGAAGAUUUAACAGUCGGUUGUAGUUCAGGCUUGCUGUGUAAUAUAAGCUAUGUGUUCUCCAUCAAGGCCAGAAAUAGUAAUGGUACAUCAGAAGAUAACUCCACAUUGCUUAUAUCAGCUGCCACUAAAGGAAUAGUCCAGCCACAGUUUAUAGUUGAGGCUGCCAACAUCUCAAAUGUUUCUGUGAGUUGGACAGAAGCAGAAAAGGCCACCAGUUAUAUGGUAGUCAGGUGUAGAAACAAAAAUGGAGAAUGUGAGAAUAGAAACAUUGUUAAGGGGGAAAGAUUCUCUUCGACCACGAGAAAAGCUGUUCUACAAAUUAAUCCAGAAAACUCACCACAAGACUUUCUGUAUGGUGUAAGUGUGUUGACAGAGCAAGGCAGCAGUGGUGUAGAAUGGCAAGAUUGUGUCUACCUUAAAAAUGCCUACCCAAAGAGGGAGCCUCAAAAUGUGGCUGUGUGGACAGGACCUGAUGAUAACACACUAGUUGUCACGUGGGAUAAACUGACAUGUAAAUCAGAUGAGCCAUAUAUAGCCAUGUACAAUGUACAAUAUAACAAACUGCAUGAAGGAAACCAGCAAUCCCUAAAUGUCGCAGCAUCAGGUGAAGCAAGGGUUGUGCUGAAUAACUUGGAGGAGGAACAAACUUACAUUGUAACAGUGAGAGGCAUUACAAAUGAUGGAGAUUAUGGACCAAAGAGUCAACCGCAGAAAGGGGUACCAGAAGAUAACAGUUUAAAGCCAGGUGCAAUUGUGGGAAUUGCUAUCAGUGUGCUUUUAGUUGUUUUACUGGCUGGAGUUGGAUGUUUCUGUUUGUUAAGGAAGUGUAAAAAGAAAGCAGAGAAGACUGUAAAAGGUUUAGCAGAUAUUACUGUCCCGGAAGACCUAACCCUUGGAUUUGAUGAUACAGUGGAAGAGGGAGAAAUUGACAGAUCAUCAACUCGACCUAUUGAACGUCAGAAUAGUAAUGACAGUGGUUUUGACCCGAUGACACCACCGGCUUGCAAGUUUAAAGAGCAACCUAAGUUUGUUGAUGUAUCUCUGUUGAACAACCCACAAAUUCUGCCUAAUGGCUACUGUAUUGCAGCAUUAGGAAAAGGUCAGAGGCCUGACACAGAUCCUGGCUCUCCUUCAGUUGAACUGGAUUGUUUGCAUACUUCCUUAGAUAACUUGGGCUUUAUUCCAACAGAGCCAGUAGUAGCUCAAGUUGGUUUUGUGAUGAAUGGGAACAGUGCGACUGGUAGUGAAACGCUUGUGAAAAAUGUGGACAGAGAUACUGUUCUUAAUGAAACAGUUGUGAAAACGAGGGUAAAGAAGGAAUCUGGGGAUUCUGGUGUGAGCGAUGCUUAUUCAAAAGCGGCAUUAGGUAUAUCAGAAGAAAAGAUGAUAAAUGAUAAUGGCCAAGAUGUUGAUGAAAAUAAUGCUAACAGUGAUAAUGAAAUACCUGAUUACGUGUCAGGUGAUAAAGUCAUUAACUCGAGUUUCAAAACAAGUAGUAUUAUUAUACCAAAGCCUUUAGCAUUUUCUGAAUGUUCAUUUGAUAAUAGUUCCUUUUCAGAUCGGGAAAAUGAUAAUUCAACUGGUCAUGUUGCAGAUACAAGUGUUGGGUCUUCACCUGACUAUGUUAAAGCACAGUCGCCACAUGAUAAUGUAAAUGCUUUGUUUCCUCCUGACUAUAUUACAGCUCAAUCACCUACCAUCAGCACAAACAUAAAAGCAGAUAAUCAUCAAGUCAAUUUACCUGAACACGAGAUUCAAAAUAAAAGCAAAGAAGAUAAUGAAAGUAAGUGUGAUCAAGUCUUGGCAGAUGCUUCUUUCCAACAAUUAACCAAAAUUCCAUGCCCCAGAAGUAUGGAUGAGAGUGAUAAUUCCAGUAUUGAGGAAGAAACUGUUUCAUCACCUACACGUGCUGAUGCAUCAUCUCCUGUAAAGCCUCAGUCUGGUACAAGUAGAAGCGACUACAUAAAAGUAACAAAUAACAGUACACCUAUGAUUCACAUUCCAUCCAACUCUUCGAAAUCUUUAUCACAGCCAGUAAAUGAAAAUGAUCAGGCCUCAGGUUAUGUUACGACUACUGACAUGCCAAACAUGUCGGUAAAAUGUGCCCCUCAGCAGCAGGCAAACUCAGGUACUAAUUAUGUCACAUUGUCUAACACUGGAACACCAGUGUCAGAGAGGAUACAUGGAACCCCAGUCCAGAUGUCAUAUGUUAAUCCACAUAAAAAAUCAGACCAUCCACAUGUUUCUGUAUCAGAAAGUCAAACCAGCAAACAGAACUCGGAUGUUUCUUUGGGUUAUGUAACUUCUGUAACAAGCCCGAAUAUUUCACACUUAACACAGUCCUCACUGAAUUCCUACCCAGUAAGUUCGCACGCAACAUCUAAUCUUCCUUCUACUGAAUCUAACAAUUUUUCAGAAGAUCCAAAUAUUAAGAUUCCUACUCCUGCUUCUGAUCAGGCUAGUAUGACACUUCCUUCUGUUCACAAUCGUAUGUCUUCUAAUGUUGUUACUGAUAACCAGGCAGCUGGAGGAUAUACGUCUCAUUCUGCUGUUCCAGUUCCUGCUGCUCAAAGUGCAAUGUAUUCACCUAAUGUUCAGAACCACUCGGUUGCUAUUAAAAGCCAAAUAUAUUAUAGUACAGUUGAAAACAACAUUUCUUCUUGCGAAGGUGAACGAGAUGUUGCGUAUCCAAGUGCUUCAAAAACCGUUGACUCUACAUCUAGUGCUAAUAGUGGUUACAUAUUGUCAGAAAAUAAUUCUAUGCCAAAAUCAACUGAUCAGACCUCGCCAGGGUAUGUAACAAAUACAGAUUAUCGUGCUACAUUUUCUUGUGCGGCAUCUGAUGGUAAUGAUGUCAACCCCCAGUAUAGGCUCACUACAGCACAGAAAACUGACAGUCAGCUUAAAGAGAGUUACACUGGUAGUGACUGUACGGACCGGUCACUAUCUUCUGAAUCGGGGAUGGUGGCAUUCAUCAAUGAUCAACCUAAAGAAAAUAUCCCAGAUAGCAAUACCAAUAAAACAAAUGAAUCACAAAGACCAAAUAAUGUGCCGACCAGUGAAAUGCAAUUACCAAAUGGCUAUGUAGAUCAUCAAUUUAUACCUCAGGGAAAUUAUUACAAAGAACAACCUUCUGUUGAAAUGAGAAAUAUUGAGAAACAGAAUAACGGGGAAGAUCAAGGUAGUAAGAGGGGAUCAGACUCCGGUUUAAGCAGCCUAGAAAAUGAGAGUCCAGAAACAAAUAGAAAGCUGCAAAACGUACAAACUGGAUAUGUCUCAUGCGAGGUUGCAAAGUCAAUGCAAAAAUGAUGAUCUCCAUAUGUUUUAAAAAGCCUCAAUGGCCAAUUGUUAAAGCUCACUGACUCCGAAUCACUUGCUCCUAACCAACGUAAUUGUAAGGAAGCCAGACAUUUGGUAUACGAUAGGUCGAUAGUCUACCAGGGUGCCUACCAUGACUGAAAUAAUGCCAUUAGCAGGGACUUAGGUAUUCUUCUACCAUCAAACACUGGAAGUGCGCCGUGUAACUUAAUUAAAAUUAUUUUGAUGUAACUUCAAAUCCAACAACACUAACGGUAUGCCUUGGAUCAUCACAAAGAAAAUAUUUCAGAAUUUUAUAACUGUCUUCUUACAGUCAUAUAAAAUGUUACAUUGUAACACAAAACUUCUAUUUCACACUUAUCUACAUGAACAAUGAUCUUGUACCUUGCAAUUAGACAGAUAUGUACACGCAUUAUACACAAAUACAGCAAAACUUUGAUAUUCACGAUUCAUUCUGAUAUCUAAACAGGUAAAAGCUAUAAACUGAAAUAUAGUGAAACAGAAACAAAUAGUAGUUGAUUUGUUCUUUGUUGUUGUUUUUUUUUUUUGUUGUUGUUUUUAGCUCACCUGUCACAAAGUGACAAGGUGAGCUUUUGUGAUCGCGCGGUGUCCGUCGUCCGUCGUCCGUCCGUGCGUCCGUGCGUCCGUCCGUAAACUUUUGCUUGUGACCACUCUAGAGGUCACAUUUUUCAGGGGAUCUUUAUGAAAGUUGGUCAGAAUGUUCAUCUUGAUGAUAUCUAGGUCAAGUUCGAAACUGGGUCACGUGCCAUCAAAAACUAGGUCAGUAGGUCUAAAAAUAGAAAAACCUUGUGACCUCUCUAGAGGCCAUAUAUUUCACAAGAUCUUCAUGAAAAUUGGUCAGAAUGUUCACCUUGAUGAUAUCUAGGUCAAGUUCGAAACUGGGUCACGUGGGGUCAAAAACUAGGUCAGUAGGUCUAAAAAUAGAAAAACCUUGUGACCUCUCUAGAGGCCAUAUUUUUCAUGAGAUCUUCAUGAAUAUUGGUCAGAAUGUUUAUCUUGAUGAUAUCUAGGUCAAGUUCGAAACUGGGUCACGUAGGGUCAAAAACUAGGUCAUUAGGUCUAAAAAUAGAAAAACCUUGUGACCUCUCUAGAGGCCAUAUUUCUCAAUGCAUCUUCAUGAAAAUUGGUCAGAAUGUUCAUCUUGAUGAUAUCUAGGUCAAGUUCGAAACUGGGUCACGUGGGGUUAAAAACUAGGUCAGUAGAUCUAAAAAUAGAAAAACCUUGUGACCUCUCUAGAGGCCAUAUUUUUCAUGAGAUCUUCAUGAUUGUUGGUCAGAAUGUUCACCUUGAUGAUAUCUAGGUCAAGUUUGAAACUGGGUCAUGUGGGUUUAAAAACUAGGUCAGUAGAUCUAAAAAUAGAAAAACCUUGUGACCUCUCUAGUGGCCAUAUUUCUCAAUGGAUCUUCAUGAAAAUUGGUCAGAAUGUUCACCUUGAUGAUAUCUAGGUCAAAUUCGAAACUGGGUCAUGUGCGGUCAAAAACUAGGUCAGUAGGUCUAAAAAUAGGAAAACCUUGUGACCUCUUUAGAGGCGAUAUUUUUCAAUGGAUCUUCAUGAAAAUUGGUCAGAAUGUUUACCUUGAAAAUAUCUAGGUCAAGUUCGAAACUGGGUCACGUGGGGUUAAAAACUAGGUCAGUAGAUCUAAAAAUAGAAAAACCUUGUGACCUCUCUAGAGGCCAUAUUUUUCAUGAGAUCUUCAUGAAUAUUGGUCAGAAUGUUCAUCUUGAUGAUAUCUAAGUCAGAUUCGAAACUGGGUCACGUGGGGUCAAAAACUAGGUCAGUAGGUCUAAAAAUAGAAAAAACCUUGUGACCUCUCUAGAGGCCAUAUUUCUCAAUGGAUCUUCAUGAAAAUUGGUGAGAAUGUUCAUCUUCAUGAUAUCUAGGUCAGGUUCGUAACUGGGUCAUGUGCGGUCAAAAACUAGGUCUGUAGGUCGAAAAAUAGAAAAACCUUGUGACCUCUCUAGAGGCCAUAUUUUUCACGAGAUCUUCAUGAAAAUUGGUGAGAAUGUUCACCUUGAUGAUAUCUAGGUCAAGUUUAAAAGUGGGUCACGUGCCUUCAAAAACUAGGUCAUUAAGUCAAAUAAUAGAAAAACCUUGUGACCUCUCUAGAGGCCAUAUUUUUCAAUGGAUCUUCAUGAAAAUUGGUCAGAAUUUUUUAUCUUGAUGAUAUCUAGGUCACAUGUGCUCAAAAACUAGGUCACUAUGUCAAAUAAUAGAAAUAACGAUGUCAUACUCAGUUGAACACUGGGUCAUGUGGAGAUAGGUGAGCGAUUCAGGACCAUCAUGGUCCUCUUGUUUAAAUAUCUACUUAUUCACUGAAAGUAAACCUUUGUCGGCUAAUAACAUUUAUACCAUUCAAACACUACUCACAAAAAAACUGUUGUUAAAAGACUAUGGUCACUUUACAACAGUAUUUUGACAAAUGUACACAUGGAUAACUGUUUUUAAAAGUUUACCAAAGCAAGUUGGGAUUAAAAAAUUAAAUACAGUAAUUACAGGAACUAUCGUUUUUCGACACUUAAUCUGUCAUUUAGUAAAGAAAAACAUGCUGCUGUGGUACGUUCUGACUGAUUACUGUCUUCUUCCAAAUUCGCAAAACUAUGCAGAGGGGCCUUCCUGGCCGCUGACUUGAUACCACUUGCCCCAUACUGCUGUCAGUUCAAAACCUUGCGCGGUACAUGUUAGAAAGCUAUCUGUCUGGUUUGCGGAAUGUCGAUGGUUCGAUGCAGGUGUCCGCCCAUACCUGCAAUAUAUCACAGAGGGAAAAUAUGCGGUCUACGUUCACCGUCAAAAACUGAAAGUACCUUUAAGACCUAAAAUCAUACCAUUGUGACUUAAAACCCAUCGGAACAAAACUCUAAUAAGUAAUUUUGUAUGAAAGGGAAUGCUGAUGUUCCUGAUAUAUUAUUUUGUCUUCAAACAUAUGAGUAACAUGUAAAUUUAUUUGCAUGUUACAUGUUUAGGGUAAUUUGGACAAUUGCCCAUUUUAGAUUUGAUUGAUAAAUUCACUUUUACAUAAAAUAGCUUUUGGUUGUAUAUAAAGAAAAAGUGCUAUUUUUCAUCAACAUCUUGUGCCUUGUUUGUUUCUUUGUAUAUAUAGACAAUAUAUAUGUAAAUGAUAUUGUAACAUCAAACAUUUUGUACUGAUACAAUUACUCACAUGUGAUAUACUGCAUGUAUUAUGCUUUUAUAUGUUAUGACAUGACACAUGCAAAUUGAUGUGUUAAUGAAAAGAGAAAAAUACACUAGCUGCCCUAUUUAAACUUAUGAGUGUGUGUUUAGACACCUAGUGUAUUACGUAUAAUGACACAAGUUUCGUGUACCUUUGUUUCAAUGGGCAGAGAAAUUCGCUUGUAUGUACAAAUAGUUUUCAGUUUAAUAUUAUAAUUAUACACGAGAGUUAUGUGUUGAUUCUCUUUCAUUUGAACAUUGUUUUUAAUGAAAGUAUACCAAAUGUGAAUACAGCUGAAGCUGCAUUUAUGGCCACCUGUAUUAAGCAGCCAUUCCUCUAAAAGAUACUGUAGAGAAUAGUGCAGAUCUUGAUUAGACUGCACGGAUGUGAAGGCUGAUCUUGAUCAACGCUGGUCGAAAGGGCAGAAUGACUCGUAUCCAGCAUGAUAAGGGUUAAGCUGUCAUAUUUUGUCUCUUUUUGGUUGGAUGCUUAGUCAGGGUUUGACUGUAAAUUAUAUGAAUUCUUUAGAUCUUAUAUGUACCAUACUUUUCAAUAAGCAAUAGUUUUUAACAUGUAUUCGUUUAUUUAUGGUGCUUUUAUUCAUUCAAUAUAUUUUUUACAAAAAUGUGCAAUGCACACAAUAUGAAGAGGGAGGGUGUUGAGACAUGUUGUUUUGUGACUUUUUGAGAAAUGAGAUGUUAAGCCUUGUUAAGAAAACUGUGUUUAUAUACUAACAGACAGAUUUAAAGAUGAGCCUUUUGUCAAAAUUAAUUGCUGGUGAUUGUAAAUUGAGCCGCACCAUGAGAAAAACAACAUGCGCAGUCUGGUCUGGAUCCAUGCUGGUCGCUACUGCACUAUGUUGGUUUUCUCAUGAUGCGGCUCAAUUUAUAUUUGAGGCCAUGCUAAGUUAGUAAUAUGAAUAGUUGAAUGUCAGUUAAAAGUUCACAAGUUUGUUAUUAUAGCAUUUGGUAAGAUCUUCCAGAAUUUUCAAGCCUGACAGAAGAUGAAACGUCUGCAGUUAUUCGUCAGCUUACUAUGAUAAAUGUAGGAAUUUAUAGUGUUUUUUUUUUGUAUAAACUUUGUCAUUUUGAGCACUAUUCUAGGCAUAUCAAUCGGGGUUAUCUGGGUAAUAAUAAUAGCCGAUAUGGCAUUCAGCAUGUGAUCACUAACGCGCUACUAAUGUUCCAUUAAUCUUGAUUCAUGGUAUGGUUUUGUGUCAUGAAAUCUUUUGGUGUGAUUGGCUCAUAAAUCUAUGUUAUCUAUCACAAAAUGUGUCAACGGAUUUAAAGAUAUAAAGAUCCUUGUUUAAAAUUUAAUACCUUUCGAAGGUUAAACAAUUUCAAAUUGAGAAAAAAUUGAAGUCAACCAAAUUGUAAAGAAGUCUUUUAUUGUACGACACAUAUAUAAAUUGUUUCAGACAGAGGAUGGUUAAACUAAAAACUUUCUGGAAACGUUCUGUUAACAACAUAGGCAGAAUUAAGACUGAACAGUUUUGGCCUUCAAAUGAAGCUGACACUAGUUCCUUCGGCUCGUUUUCGUGAACGCUUUGUACCAAACAUUUUACUUUAAGAAAGAAAUAAAAGAUUGACUUAAAGAGAGAAAGAAGAGAUACAGUUCUAGUCAAAAGAGCAUUGCUUAUUAAAUAAUUGGUAAGUCUGUGAUAAGUGAUGACUGGACAACAGUGUGGCAGAUUAUUUUAUCUGAGUCUGAAUUUUUGUCAAGUAAUCCAGACCUGAGUAAAUGUAUUUGCAACUUUGAAUCAGUAUUGUGUAUUAAAAUUACUAAGUGUACAUUUAUUUCACUUUUGUGAUAUGUUUGUAGUUUUUGUUACUGCUGAUUGUUUUAUAUGGCAAUAAUCAAAGUGCUGUUGUUGUUUUUAGUAGUAGUUUUAUAAUUGAAUUGAUUGUUGUUCUUCUUUAUAUGAAAUACUGUGCAAUUUAUACAGUGUUUGUUGUUGUGCCAUGUUGAAGUAAAUAAAGCUAAGAAUAAUAGACAUUUUAUCACCUUUUAGAGUAUAUAUUAACAUCAGCUUUGCCAAAAGUAUUUGAGCAUGGUGUAAGAAUACCUUCAAGUUGUCUGUUAUGUAUAUUUCCUAAAUCUAUUUUUUGAUACGUUGAUUUUUAAUUGUUUUGUACUUUGUUACAGGUUUUGCAGUUCUUAAAAUGAAGUGCAAACAAUUUGUUGUCUGUUGAGUUUUACUUUUGCCAGGUGCAUUUUGUACUAUUUACAGUUGUAUAGCGUAGACAUAGUACGAAAGGUCUUUUAUAACUCUAAGUUAAUACAGUAUGAGAGUGGUUGUUUAUAAGUCUCUCAAAAGAAAAGAACAAACAUUGUUUGUUAUCAUUUAUAGAGGAUCAUCAUGUGUUUAAGUGUAAGGUAUACUGUUUUUUUUCACUAAAUUUUAGAUGCAAUAUUUCAUGAUUUUCUAAUAUUUUACUAUUUAAAGUAUUCGUAUUUAAUAUGUGAAAAUAAACACAUUUUCUUGUUUCAUACCUUGUCAAUGGUAUAAGGGCGCCUACGUUGCCAAGUAGUUAAGGUCGCUGACUUCACAUCACUUGCCUCACACCGAUGAUGGUUCGAGCCUCACUCGGAGCGUUGAAUUCUUCAUGUGAGGAAGCCAUUCAGCUGGCUUACGGAAGGUCGUCGGUUCUACCUAGGUUCCUGCCCGUGAUGACAUAAUGCACGUAGAGGCACCUGGGGACUUUCUCUACCAUCAAAGCUGGAAAGUUGCCAUAUGACCUACGAUUUAACGGUGUCGGUGCGACAAACAAAACAAACAAAUCGUCAACGGUAUUAACAAAACUGCACAAUGUCAAGCGCAACAUGGAACGUUAGAUUCAACGUCAUCACAUUUCAAUAUGAUAUAUUUCUGUUACCUCGUAAUAUGUUGGGCAUAAUUGUACGUUUUCAUAUUCUUUGUUUUGUAUAUGUACUUUUAAUGUUUUUCUUAUAUAAUAGGAAUUUUUAAUUUGUUGUAAUUCAUGUUCUGCACAGUCGUAAUUCUGUAGAAGUGAGAUGAUACUAUGAUAACAACAUUUUUUCAGACGGUGACAGUUCAAAUAUAAUUUACCAUUACGUACAUGUCUGCAACUUCAAUUCACCAUACUAUAAACAUUUUAUGUAUGACUUUUUAAAAUCAGAUUUCAUUUGCUUGUAGUUCAUUUUGCAAUAUUUAUGCCUGUCAAGAAUAUUGAGAAAAAAAGAUGUAACACAUGUCGUUUAUUGUACGACACAUAUAUAAAUUGUUUUAGACAGAGGAUGGUUAAACUAAAAACUUUCUGGAAACGCUCUGGUCACAACAUAGGCAGAAUUUAAGAUUGAACAGUUUUGGCCUUCAAAUGAAGCUGGCAGUAGUUCUUUCGGCUCGUUUUCGUGAACGCUUUGUACCAAACAUUUUACUUUAAGAAAGAAAUAAAAGAUAGACUUAAAGAGAGAAAGAAGGAGAUACAAUUCUUGUCAAAAGAGCAUUGCUUAUUAAAUAAGUGGUAAGUCUGUGAUAAGUGAUGACUGGACGACAGUGUGGCCGAUUAUUUUAUCUGAGUCUGAAUUUUCGUCAAGGAAUCCAGACCUGAGUAAAUGUAUUUGCAACUUUGAAUCAGUAUUGGUAUUAAAAAUUAGUGUACAUUUAUUUCACUUUUGUGAUAUGUUUGUAGUUUUUGUUGCUGCUGAUUGUUUUAUAUGGCAAUAAUCAAAGUGCUGUUGUUUUUAGUAGUAGUUUUAUAAUUGAAUUGAUUGUCGUUCUUCUUUAUAUGAAAUACUGUGCAAUUUAUACAGUGUUUGUUGUUGUGCCAUGUUGAAGUAAAUAAAGCUAAGAAUAAGGGACAUUUUAUCACCUUUUAGAGUAUGUAUUAACAUUAACUUUGCCAAAAGCAUUUGAGCAUGGUGUAAGAAUAUCUUUAAGUUGUCUGUUAUGUAUAUUUCAUAAAUCUAUUUUUUGAUACGUUGAUUUUUAUUAGUUUUGUACUUUGUUACAGGUUUUGCAGUUCUUAAAAUGAAGUGCAAACAAUUUGCUGUCUGUUGAGUUUUACUUUUGCCAGGUGCAUUUUGUACUAUUUACAGUUGUAUAGCGUAGACAUAGUACGAAAGGUCUUUUAUAACUCUAAGUUAAGGUAUUGGACCCGUAAUAGAGUAUCUCCUUUUUGAAGAGUAUUCAAUUCCUACCAUAAACCUACUUUGACUGCAAUUUUCAGGGGGGCGUAGGUUCAAACCCCACUGGGACCAAUUUUUUUUUCUCCAUGUUUUCCUCUUUUCUAGUAAGUUUUUACUUCUUUCAAGACUAAUUAUGGAUGAAUUGUACAAAAGUGGAAAAUUUUCAUUUUAUAAGCAAUUUUUUGCUGUUCAAUGUGAAUUUACCUCUGAAUCAGGAGGGGUAGAGUUAGACAUCUUUAAAAAUACUGAGUUACGUGCGGUAAAAGUUCUCUAUUUUGCCUUCAUUCUUUAGAUUACAUAUUGUGGAAGAAAUGCAGGUAGGUUUUACUAUUGCCCCAAGGUUAUUUUUGAAUGAAGUGAGCAAAAUUCAAAACAGACCCACCGGAUUCGACCUUAAUUUUUCAAUGUUGGAGUUAGAAUUCUGUCUCAUUAAAUCUGUUUACUUGAGGCACCCUAGACAAAAAUGAUUUUUAAAGUUUUAUUUUGUGUUUUAUAAUUGUUUAACAAUAGUUUGAUGUUUCUUUUAUCAAAAUUAAUGUUUUAAUGAAUUUUCUGCAAACGUUUUAGAUAGUGGCCAUCACAUUGAAUUUUGUCUCUUCCUGAGCGUGAGGAAAUACCAUAAAAUAUACAAAAUUUACAAAAAAACGGCACGGUAAAAGUUGUUUAAAAUUUGCAACACAGUGUGAAACAUGAUCAACUUUAAGAAUAUACCAAGCAAAUGCCAUUUUUAAAACAUUACUUUUAGGGGUCCAAUACCUUAAUACAAUAUAAGAUUGGUUGUUUAUAAGUCUCUCAAAAGAAAAAUUCAAACACUGUUUGUUAACAUUUAUAGAGGAUCAUCAUGUGUUUAAGUGUAAUGUAUACUGUUUUUUCACUAAAUUUUAGAUGCAAUAUUUCAUGAUUUUCUAAUAUUUUACUAUUUAAAGUAUUCGUAUUUAAUAUGUGAAAAUAGACACAUUUUCUUGUUGUUUCAUACCUUGUCAAUGGUAUAGGGGCCUAUGUUGCCAGGUAGUUAAGGUCGCUGACUUCACAUCACUUGCUUCACACCGAUGAUGGUUCGAGCCUCACUCGGAGCGUUGAAUUCUUCAUGUGAGGAAGCCAUUCAGCUGGCUUACGGAAGGUCGUCGGUUCUACCUAGGUUCCCGCCCGUGAUGACAUAAUGCACGUAGAGGCACCUGGGGACUUUCUCUACCAUCAAAGCUGGAAAGUCGCCAUAUGACCUACGAUUAUGUCAGUGCGACAAACAAAACAAACAAAUCGUCAACGGUAUUAACAAAACUGCACAAUGUGAACGGUAUUAAACAAAACUGCACAAUGUCAAGCGCAACAUGGAAUGUUAGAUUCAAGGUCAUCACAUUUCAACAUGGUAUAUUUCUGUUACCUCGUAAUAUGUUGGGCAUAAUUGUACGUUUUCAUAUUCUUUGUUUUUUAUAUGUACUUCUAAUGUUUUUCUUAUAUAAUAGGAAUUUUUAAUUUGUUGUAAUUUGUGUUCUGCGCAGUCGUAAUUCAGUAGAAGUGAGAUGAUACUAUGAUAACCACAUUUUUUCAGACGGUGACGGUUCAAAUAUAAUUUACCAUUACGUACAUGUCUGCAACUUCAAUUCACCAUACUAUAAACAUUUUAUGUAUGACUUUUUAAAAAUCAGAUUUCAUUUGCUUGUAGUUCAUUUUGCAAUAUUCAUGCCUGUCAAGAAUAUUGAAAAAGAACUGUAACACAUGCCUGACGUCAUUUGUGAAAUAAAGCGAUUAUAUCAUUUUUAGCUCGACUUUUCGAAGAAUAGGGGAGCUAUCCUACUCGCCCCGGCGUCGGCGUUAGCGUUAGCGUGAGCGUCACACAAAUGUUAAAGUUUGCGUACCACCCCAAAUAUUUUCAAAGUCCAUUGAGAUAUUGCUUUCAUAUUUUGCAUACUUGUUUACCAUCAUGACCCCAGUCUGUAAAAAGUAGGAGGCAACUCUAUCAAGCAUUUUGACUGAAUUAUGGCCCCUUUUCAACUUAAAAUAAAUGUUAAAGUUUGCGUACCACCCCAAAUAUUUUCAAAGUCCAUUGAGAUAUUGCUUUCAUAUUUUGCAUACUUGUUUACCAUCGUAACCUCAGUCUGUAAAAAGGAGGAGGCAACUCUAUCAAGCAUUUUGACUGAAUUAUGGCCCCUUUUCGACUUAGAAUAAAUGUUAAAGUUUGCUUACCACCCCAAAUAUUUGCAAAGUCCAUUGAGAUAUUGCUUUCAUAUUUUGCAUACUUGUUUUCCAUCAUGACCCCUGUCUGUAAAAAGGAGGAGGCAACUCUACCAAGCAUUUUGACUGAAUUAUGACCCCUUUUCGACUUAGAAUAUGCUUAUUGUAAUGUUCAAGUUUUACUCAUUGCUUAUUUUAUACUAUCAAGCACUGAGAAUAGUCGAGCGUGCUGUCCACUGACAGCUCUUGUUGUAUUACGUUAGUGUAAUAAUACAUUUAGUUGAUGUCAUUGUAAGUAGAGUAGACGUUGGUUGAAUUGACUUCGUCUAUAACAGGUAAGAAAGAAAACAUUCUGGUGUUUUAGGAGGAAAAGCUAGCUUGUGGUGUUUUUGUCUUUCCACACAAUUUAUCAAAUUCGUCGAAUAAAAUUGAUAAAUGCUUGGCAGAUGAAAUAAUGUAUAAUAAAAAGACACUGGUGUAACAUAUGAUUUUCAAAACCUUAUGUUAUUUAUAACUGAAGAACAUAACUUUUAACAAGACCGACAGUUUGUAAUAUUUAUACAUUCACGUGAUAAUUUUGGUGUAAACAAUUUCAGUAAUAUGGGUCCAGAAGUAUUUUGCGUAAGUAAAGUAGCUUCAAGACUGUUUUUAGCUCACCUGUCACAAAGUGACAAGGUGAGCUUUUGUGAUCGCGUGGCGUCCGUCGUCCUUCCGUCCGUCCGUACGUGCGUGCGUAAACUUUUGCUUGUGACCACUCUGGAGGUCACAUUUUUCAUGGGAUCUUUAUGAAAGUUGGUCAGAAUGUUCACCUUGAUGAUGUCUAGGUCAAGUUCGCAACUGGGUUACGUGCCAUCUAAAACUAGGUCAGUAGGUCUAAAAAUAGAAAAACCUUGUGACCUCUCUAGAGGCCAUAUAUUUCACAAGAUCUUCAUGAAAAUUGGUCAGAAUGUUCACCUUGAUGAUAUCUAGGUCAAGUUUGAAACUGGGUCACGUGCCUUUAAAAACUAGGUCAGUAGGUCUAAAAAUAGAAAAACCUUGUGACCUCUCUAGAGGCCAUAUAUUUCACAAGAUCUUCAUGAAAUUUGGUCAGAACGUUUACCUUGAUAACAUCUAGGUCAAGUUCGAAACUGGAUCACGUGCCAUUAAAAACUAGGUCAGAAGGUCAAAUAAUAGAUAAACCUUGUGACCUCUCUAAAGGCCAUAUUUUUCAUGGGAUUUGUAUGAAAGUUGGUCAGAAUGUUCAUCUUGAUGAUAUCUAGAUCAAGUUCGAAACUGGGUCACGUUCGGUUAAAAACUAGGUCAGUAGGUCUAAAAAUAGAAAAACCUUGUGACCUCUCUAGAGGCCAUAUAUUUCAUGAGAUCUUCAUGAAAAUUGGUCAGAAUGCUCACCUUGAUGAUAUCUAGGUCAAGUUUGAAACUGGGUCACAUGCCUUCGAAAACUAGAUCAGUAGGUCAAAUAAUAGAAAAACCUUGUGACCUCUCUAGAGGCCAUAUUUUUCAUGGGAUCUGUAUGAAAAUUGGUCUGAAUGUUCAUCUUGAUGAUAUCUAGGUCAAGUUUGAAAGUGGGUCACGUGCCUUCAAAAAGUAGGUCAGUAGGUCAAAUAAUAGAAAAACCUUGUGACCUCUGUAAAAACCAUAUUUUUCAUGGGAUCUGUAUGAAAGUUGGUCUGAAUGUUCAUCUUGAUGAUAUCUAGAUCAAGUUCGAAACAGGGUUAUGUGCGGUCAAAAACUAGGUCAGUAUGUCUUAAAAUAGAAAAACCUUGUGACCUCUCUAGAAGCCAUACUUGUGAAUGGAUCUCCAUAAAAAUUGGUCAGAAUGUUCAUCUUGAUGAUAUCUAGGUCAAGUUCGAAAGUGGGUCACAUGCCAUCAAAAUGUAGGUCAGUAGGUCAAAUAAUGAAAAGACGUUGUGACCUCUCUAGAGGCCAUAUUUUUCAUGAGAGCUGUAUGAAAGUUGGUCUGAAUCUUUAUCUUGAUGAUAUAUAGGUCAAGUUUGAAACUGGGUCAACUGCGAUCAAAAACUAGGUCAGUAGGUCUUGAAAUAGAAAAACCUUGUGACCACUCUAGAGGCCAUACCCUUGAAUGGAACUUCAUAAAAAUUGGUCAGAAUGUUCAUCUUGAUGAUAUCUAGGUCAAGUUUGAAACUGGGUCACGUGCCAUAAAAAACUAGGUCAGUAGGUCAAAUAAUAACAUAACCUUGUGACCUCUCUAGAGGCAAUAUUUUUCAUGGGAUCUGUAUGAAAGUUGGUCUGAAUGUACAUCUUGAUGAUAUCUAGGUCAGAUUAGAAACUGGGUCAACUGCGGUCAAAAACUAGGUCAGUAGGUCUAAAAUCAGAAAAAUCUUUUGACCUCUCUAGAGGCCAUAUUUUUCAAUGGAUCUUCAUGAAAAUUGAUCUGAAUGUUCACCUUGUUUAUAUCUAGGUCAGUUUAGAAACUGGGUCACGUGCAGUCAAAAACUAGGCCAGUAGUUAUAAAAAUAGAAAAACCUUGUGACCUCUCUAGAGGCCAUAUUUUUCAUGAGAUCUUCCUGUCAAUUAGUGAGAAUGUUCACCUUCAUGAUAUCUAGUUAAAAUUCAAAACAGGGUCACGUAGCUUCGAAAACUAGGUCAACAGGUCAAAUAAUAGAAAAACCUUGUGACCUCUCUAGAGACCAUAUUUUUCAAUGGAUCUUCAUGAAAAUUAAUCAGAGUUUUUAUCUUGAUUAUAUCUAGAUCAAGUUCAAAACUGGGUCACAUGAGCUCAAAAACUAGGUCACUAUUUCAAAUAAUAGAAAAAACGACGUCAUACUCAAAACUGGGUAAUGUGGGAAGAGGUCAGCGAUUCAGGAUCAUCAUGGUCCUCUUGUUUAAUCAUUUGUUUUAAUCAUUUGUUGUAUCCUAGCAUUUAUUGAUUAUAGUGGAAGCAGAGCAUUUGUGCUAUGGGAAUUCAUUAAAGUUAUGUAUUGGAUCAUUGUUUCACAUAAAAUGCUGAAAAAUCCAGCAUUAUGAAAUGGCAAAAUAUUUUAUAAACAAUUAAUACAUUCCAUGCCAGAAAAUGUUUUGAAAUUGAAUUUAUACUGUUAAGACGGUCUGAUAACUAUGUUAUUGUUGUUAUUUAAAUUCGACGUCUUUACAGAGAUUUUUGGUAGUAUACUAUCAAUAGUCGAAGUAAUGUUUUAUGUUUAUACCGUCAUGCUAGUCUGAUGUGAUGAAAUUGUUGCUAGUGUUUUAGAUAAAUAUACAGAUGGUCCAGGACAGUAUUCACUUGAUUUGGUCAUAAUUUGUUUCGAAUUUGAAGAUUUUGCUUUGUUAUUAUUGUGAUUAAAUUUCAAUAUAUGUUUUUAAUAUACUCACUUAAAAUGAUUUUGUUCAUAUAGAAGAUAGGCUUGCACAGAUAUGAUAUUCGAAAUAACUUGAUACUAAGGAAUUCACUGAAUACAUUUGUUACAAAUCUUUAUCAUAGUUAAUCAUAAUUUUAUCAGAAAAACAGUUUGCCUUUUUGCUGUUUGUAAUACAAAUACUGUAUUAAUCUGCAUUUUAAAUUUGAUUUGUUUUAAAGUUUUUGUUGUGAAAAAAGAUUUAAUUUUGCCACUGUUCAUUUCAUACGAGAAUGCAUCUUUCUGGACCUUUUUAAGUUAUAGCAGAUUAUCUACGCAAUCAUGGUAAAUACAUAUGUGACUAUUUGCAUUUGAGUCUCAGAACGUUGGUGAUUAUGAACCCGUUAGAGAACAACUAAAUUUAAUUCUAUUAUUGUGACAAAGAGAAAGCUUUCUUUCUCAGAGCAACAUACAUGUAUAUCUGUCGUGUUUUAACUUCCCUAAUCAAAGGAUUCAGAGCGACUAUUUAGUAUAGGUGGAUGUCCCGGCUACGAUCGUCCGUCGUCAACAUGACCUCUUUAUGUACUGAAACUUGCAUCAUUGGAUUGACCCCUGUCAAGUCAAAUGGUUCACUUGAUUGUAUUCACGGACAAUUUGGGUAAACGUACAAAGUCCUUUUGAACAACUUUUAAUUAAGAAUAACUUGGUGGAUCAUCAUCAAACUUUAUAUCCUUACAUUUACAUGCUAUUCUAAGAAGAAAGAUGAAGCCCCCUGCCAAAUUUGUUGAAGCCAGGUCCCUGGAACUGCAUUUGGGUUCAUAGUUUUUGCAUAAAGUUACAAAAUGUACUUAUUUUAAAGAAACAUUUCUGCUAAAAAUCAAAAUUAAGCCACUGCUCUUUGAUCAUGUUUGCUUCGCUGGAGUUUCUCUAAAUAAUUUAUUAUCAGGUCCUUCUUUUAUCAAAUUCAGAGCUGUCACGGGAGUCCAAAUAUAAGGAACAAACAAGUCUAAAAAAUUCUUUGACAAAACAGAAACUUUACGUGAAUCCCAGGAAGCUAAUUAAAAGCAAUUAAAAAAACUAUAUUGUAGUUCGUCUGUAAACAACUUCUCUUAACCUCUUAUCAUUCUUGUUGAGUGACGGAGGGCGACUGGUCAUUUAGUUAAGAGGGUAAUUUUUUUCCGCACGUUUGUUAUUUAACGACUGCUAAUUGUGCCUUGAUAUAUGGAUCGGAUUAUACAGUUUCCAUAAAAUUGUAAAGUGGCAAAGUUGCACGCUUUUUACAUGUCUUUUUCUUAAUUAACGUGUUUAAUAGUUAUCUCUCUCUCUCUCUCAUGUCACACAGAAUUUUCCCGUGCUUUACCGGUAGUGGAAAAUCUGGUCUCGCGCUGAUGUGUAAGAUGACUCUCGUGCUGUAAUUCAUGCAUGUAUACAAUUUACAUACGUUACUAUUACAAGAUAGUGCUUAAAAGAAAAACAUUAAGCAGUUACCCACGAGCUGGAUAUUUCAAUCCGCACCUUUAGUAAGUGAAGUACUCAAAUAAUUUAUAUUACAAGAAAAACAGUUAAAGCAGUAUCUGAUGAAAUUCCUCUUUGUAUACAUUUCAGAAUCUCAAAAAUUCAUGUAAAAUAAUUGAUAUGAACUUAGUUCGUAUUCACUUUUCUGCAUCUCUUAACAUCUCUAAAUUGUUAUGCACCUAGUCUUCGAAUGAUUGUCUCAUCAUUUUAUGGCAUUUAAUUUUAAAGUUAUCAUUUCUUCCUUUUUAUUUUACUCUGUUCUUCCUUUGUAAAUAACUUUACCGUGAGCGUUUUAGUUUCCAUGUUUAUAACAAAACUAGAACAUUUCUACGCAGUAUGACUACGUAUUUAUAAAUGAGGCAUCCUAAAAGCCUAGUCGACCUGUCUCUUACUGACACACGUACUUUUGCGAUAUUAGGUGCAACAUACAUUUUACAGUCAUUCAUAUCCGUCAUUUACAUUUUUUCUAAAAUGUUAGCAAUAUAUUGUUCAUGCAGUUAUAAUACACACAUUCUUAACGCUGCAAUAAAUAAAAUAACACCACAUAACCUUGUUGCAGGAAAGAAAUGUGAGUACUGUAUAAAAUAGGACCCAAAAUUGGGUCUCUAAAUUGUGCAAUCUUUUGCAAUUGGAAUAGAUAAACCUGACACAUAGAAUAGGAAUAGCAAGUAUUUUCCCCCCUUUAAUUAUUCUUGAACGCACGAAUGCAGGUUUUUAUGUUAAUGCCUUAAAACGAUGUUUAUUUAAAACGAAAUAGUUUGGAAAUAGUUAAAACAGACAGACGGUUUUCAAAAAAUGUUAAAUGUUGGUCUGUUCAACUUAUUUAUGUUCUAUCUGUCUACCUCCGGGCAGUAUCAUUCCUUACAACUGUUCUCUUUAAGCCACGGUACUUACUCUUAAAAUUUAUUUUUAAACUUUUUUUAAGAGAAUGCAGUGGAAAUGAUUUCUUUACAUAUGAUAAAUUCUUAUAACGUGCUGGUCAUUUUACUUUUACCAUAUUUUCAAAGACAUAUAUAUUAUUUAUCAUUCUUUUUUUUUUCAGAGUAGAAAAUCAUCACUCAUUGCAUCGGGACCAUUUUUAUACACACUGUUAUCUUCAACAAUUGUCAUUUUUACGCAAACAAACUAUAAAGAAUGCUUUUUGUUAAACAGUAUAUUUGAAUGUCUCAAAGACAUCAUAUCACAGUAGGCUUUAGUCUUUAGGAAUUUGUUUUCUUUUCUUUUGUCAAUGUAUAUCCCAUAUAUUACUCUUUUGUGUUCUAAACAAUAAAAUGUUCUACACGUGU